UCGAUCAGACUACUACCCUAUAUCGAUCUAGUCUUUACUCAAGGUGGUAGAACUACGAAUCAUGGUAGCUUUCGCAGCUAUAUUUACCUCUACUGCAUAAUCAAUGAUUUGAGCCCUACCACGAGCUUCCCUGCCCCGCCUGCUUCCCGGUACCCUGCCCCACCCGAGCGAUCUCGUUGCCAAGAUCCUAACAAUCAAACAUGAAGCAUCCCCAACACAGAGUUCCGUGUCUCUUUUUUUUUACAGCUUGGAUAAACGAGAUCAUAGUCGACUUAGGAACAUCACAACAUAACCAGGAACAUGUAGGCUGAGAGCCGAGGAACAGCUUA